UUUGGAAUUCAUCAACUUUGACCUUAGAUCUGUACAAGAAGAAAGAUCAGACUCGACUAAGAAGCUAAGCAACUAGAAACAAGUACAGUUCUAAGGGUUCUAGGAGAUUUAGAGCUAUGCCAAAGCAAGCUAAGGCCUCUAGGGAGCUUAUUUUGGACCCUACUGCUAGGAUCAAGAAGCUGAGUGACCAUGGAAGUUCUGUACAGAUUGAUGUGGCCAUUCCUAUCAGGAGGUACUACAGGAGUGGCUCUGAGAUGGAGAGACAGGCAAGAGUGUACUACUCUGAGGGGCAAUUUGACAGGGCGUUUAUACUGUAUAACAAAUUUGCCACUCUGUUCAUAGAGAAGAUACCAAAGCACCCUGAGUACUCAAAGGCAGCCCCCACUGAUAAGGCCAGAAUAAAGAAGCUGCUCAAACAAGUUUUCCCCCGUGCCAUGGAGCUCAAAGACAAACUCAAGUCUCAGUUUGAGAAGGAGAAGAAUGAGCUACUCCAGAACAUCGCUGAAGAGGAGAGAGUGAGACAAGAGGAGGAGGCAGUAAAGAGGGAAAGAGAAGAAGCACAAAGACGGAGAGAAGAAGCACAAAGACAGAGAGAAGAGGAAUUGAGAGAAGCCAGAGAAAGGCAAAUAAGAGAGGCCGAACAAGCCGCCAUUAUUGCAGCUGCUACUACUACAGCUUUAGUUGACACAGAGAAAGACAUUGCCCCGUCUGAAUCAACUUGGGAUGAUGCAAAUCAAUCCUCAAUAACUUAUACUGAAGACCCUCUAGCGGUCGAAAACAGAGACAGUUUCACAGAAGAUAUCGUACCGCAAGAGUAUACACGACCGGAGCCAAGUGAGGAGCAGCCCCCUGAGUCACUACACCUGACUGCUACAGACCCUACUCUAGCACACGUGCUUCCAGAUCCUGCACAAGCACAUACAUCUAGUGAAGCAUAUGUGCCUGUGGACGGUGCAGUAGCCCCCAUGUCCGCUAUUGAGGGCCUCACACUUAACGAGAGGGGCCCCCCACAAUCAGUGAUACCCUCCGCCCCACCACCAGCAUAUGAUCAGGUGUACAUGGACGGUGGUCACCAGAUGAUGGUACCUCCCUCACCAGUACAGUCACCAAUGGGUGGACCUCACAUGGGACCAGUAUCCCCUAUGGGUGUGGUCUCACCCGGACAGUCUGUAGCUCUGAACCCUGUACUACUCCGACAGAACUCGUAUGACACAAUGUUUCAAGCUCCGUACCAAAGUCCUCCUCCGAUAUUGCCACAGCAACAGCCUCCACCCCCUGGCCACACCUACUCGUAUUUCCAUGGUGCCCCGCCUACUAGUCACGGCUACGUACACCAGGGGGUGGUCCCCUCAAUGGAUCAGUACACUAAUCCCAGUGGUCAAUCUUUUCAGAGACCAGCCUACUCGCAAGCAUACAGUGUCGAUGUUCCCACUGUGGACAGGUCCACCAAGCCAGCCUCCCUCAAAGCUCUCAGCACCAGCUCUAGCUGGGAAGGAGGCUAUCGUACGGUGGUGAUCCCGGGGGAUGUUGCCACUCAGUUCGAGCAGGUGGCCUCGCCCAACACACGCAAGAACGUCGAGACCUGUGGCAUACUUGCAGGAAAACUGGCCCAGAAUGUGUUUCGAGUGACACACAUCAUCGUACCGAAACAGAAAGGUCAAUCUGACUCAUGUGAGACUACCCACGAGGAAGAACUGUUUGAUGCUCAGGACAAGUAUGACCUCAUCACACUCGGAUGGAUCCAUACACACCCCUCUCAGACUGCCUUCAUGUCGAGCGUGGACCUCCACUGCCACUGCUCCUACCAGAUCAUGCUAGACGAAGCCAUCGCCAUUGUCUGCGCUCCUAAAUAUUCACAAGUGGGUAUGUACAUGCUGACUGAGCCGCAUGGAUUGAACUACAUCACUCACUGUGAGCAGGAAGGGUUUCACGUGCAUCCCAAGAAUCCUCCACUCUAUGAGGAUUGCAAGCAUGUACAACAGGACAACAGUGCAUUUAUCCAAAUUGUGGACCUAAGAUGAAACGAGCACUUUUUGACAUUGUAUAUAGACUGCCAAAAUUACUGUGAUUUCUGUCCUUAUAAUUAUAGCAGUGCAUAAUUUUUCUAUUCAAAAGUAUAUUUUAUUUCAGUGACAGUGUGCAUUAAAAUUAUGAUUUUACAUGUAAUCUGGUUUAUGUGAUAAGAUGAUCAAUUAUCAGUCUC